AUGUGUUCCCCAAGACAACAGUCGAGUAACGUCAACGUCCCAUCUCAGACCCAGGUGUUUUUGGCGAGGGGAAAACACAACCGACCAAUCACGGCACCUCCCUUGCCCAUUCUGUCUUCAAUUGGGUUCAUAGCUGAGCUUCCCUUUACCGACGACGUGCCGCGCCCCUGGAACCUGGGAACGCUCUCCAAUGGUUGGAGAAUCCCUGGCACGCCAGAUUUGAAUGCCGAGGAAGUCAGGAUUCGUUAUCUAUUGAUUGACCGUAAUAAUCUCCAUCACCGCCAAUUCAUCCAUCACAUCACUGAACCCCAUCUCCUUACCCCAGGUUCCCCUCCUCACGAUGGAGCCCUCACAGCUGCUCUCCAGCCUGUCAGAGCGCCCACAAGAAUCCGGGGUCCGCUCCUCCGCCCCCCGAGGUCCCUUGCUUCGGUCCCCCCGCGCUGGCCUCACUCUUUGUGCAUCUCGGACGAUGCGAGCGGACAUACGACGGAUGAACCGAACGAUGCUCCGACCGAGGAUAACUCCUAUCGUGGCUUGCCGCAUUAUUACCGCAUCUUUGGGGGUCUCACAAGGCAAGCAACCCCGUUUAGCUUCGGUCGAUCUCCGCGGGUUCCUCGAUCAGGAUCAGAAACACCAACGGGUAUCUCACUGGACGCUGUAGCACACUGCAACGGUUGA